UGAGAUUCGCAUAACUUAUAUCUCCUCGUAUCAUCGCACCAAAUACGACUUGAAUAGAUAUGAAAACAUUUAAAUCUGUUUGAGUCGAAGUAAGAAAAAAAUGGCAGAAAAUGCUUUUCUUUUUCAGUUCAUUGCAAAAAUUAGCUUGGCAGUGCGAAGUGAAACAGUAAAUUCCAACACCUGUUGAGUGUUGAGCCGCAGCAAUUAGAAAUGUGUUUGAAUGCUAUUUGGCACAGGAUGUCGACAGCGCCUGCGCGCCAAUUUCACAUCGAAUACCAACCGAGUGCUUAGCUUUCCAUGUACCAAUACAUAUGCAAACACCGACGCAGAAUCACACAUAAUUUCCUUUACAAAUGUGUUUUUUUUUCUCAACUCGCAAAUAUUCAGAGACGUCAUAUUCUAUCCAUUCGCAAGCAUUGCUCGAGCCAUUGUCGAGCUUCCUCUCGCUGUCGACUACUCUCAUCAAUUUCUGAGUCUCAUGGUGCUAUUCCAAGUCAAGUUGUAUCUUUGUUGAAUAAAUAAAAUCAGUGGACUUCACUGCGAAACAAAGAUAUUAUGAAUAAAUUAGUGAGCUGCGACGUCUGAAGCACAUCGAAAAAAGCAACGAUUCCAAAAAUCAUCUUAAUUAGAGUAUUCGUUUGUCGCUCAUCAUGUGGAAUUGACCAUUUAACAUUUACCAUUUGACCAAGAAAAAAUUCUCUCAUCGAAAUGUGGUACUCAUCAAAUGCGAUUUGAAUCGAACAAACGCGGACCCUUUCAAUUCGAUAGGCAAAUAUGAAAACAAUUAUAACGGGAAAAUAUUCCAAAAUGGUUAACGAAUUUGCAUUAACGUAAUAAGAUAUCAUGCAAUAAAAUGAUAUCGACAGACAAAUGAAUAUAUAAACAAAGACAUCGAAAGAAAAAAUUGUGUGCGUGCAAAACGAAACCACCCAAUCGAGAUACGAAUGUGCUAAACUCAAACGACAUAGGAACGAAUCGAAUAUUACUAAAAAGGGAGAAAAUAAAACAAAAUAGAUGAAAGAGUAAUGACUGACGAAACCUAACGCCAAUUAGCCGAGAACGAAUAAUUUUCAACGAAAUUUUGCAGCAACAGAAAAGAAAUGACUGAUACAAAAGAUGAGAGGGUUGACGUACCACCGGCAAAGCCAACAAAACCCGCUAUACCACCAGUUGCACCGCAUCAUUUGUUGCCGCCAAAAGAAGAGGAGAAUAUUUUGCGUCGCAGUCUCAAAGAAAUUGGUGAAGAUAUGAAAAAAAUGGAAGAUUUAAUUACCUUAACGGAGGAUAUAAUACGACGUGAACGUGAACGUGAUCGAGAAUUUUAUUUGCGUGAACGUCGACGAAAGCUUAGCGAAUAUCCAUCGAUACCAAGGCACUUGUUUCAAGUGCAAAAAAUCGAACCGAAAGAAACACGGCAACCGCAAGUUAUUGAAGUGGAACCCAACAAAAGCUCAUCGCCCCAAAAAGAGAACAAGAGUCCGCUAACGCUUCGAAUGAAAAUAACGAAGCGUUUUAAACGGAAAAGUGUAAAAUCGGAUAAGCGUAAGUCAACGAAUAAUCAAGAAGAAACAACGCCCAAUCAACCAUUGAAAUCGCCCACACUAAAGAUUAAUACGGUGGGCCAAUCGAGUCGUAAAUUGAUCCGAUUUAGCCCACGACGCUAUCGUUCCCGUUUAUAUUUUCGCAACGGUAAAAUUGGAUGCAUCGAUCCGGAAAAUGUGAGCGCCAAUCAAACAAAUAUAGAGAAAACACAUGCCAUUGUUAAUUACAUCACCAGCGAUUUGGACAAUUAUACGAGCUCAUCGGCAAAACGAUCGUCAAUAACAUCGAAUAUCAGCGAUAUCCUUUCAAAAGAGUCAACCGAGAGUUUGGACGAUCUACCCAAUAGCAAUAGUUAUUUCAAUUUUGACUAUUCGGCCACCGAAAGUGAUGAUCGCGGCAUUGCUGAUGAUGAUUUUUAUGUGAACAGUUUGAGUGACAUUGAUUCGUUUACGGUGCAACCGAAAAGUGAUGAGGAAUUGACUACGAGUCAGGAACAAAGUGUCGAGGUGAUCGAAGGUGCCGUUCAACAGCAAUCACUCGACGCUGAAAUGUGUAACAAUGAUGCAACACCAAAUAUACCCACUUCAGCUUCAGAUACAGCGUUGGUCGACUUCAUUGAUGAAACCACAUCGAAGCAGUUGGUCGAAGAGUCGGAAGAAAAAGCACCCAACAGCGCUAUGAGCAAUCAUUCAAACAUUACCUUAAAUUCUGACAUAAAGAAUCAAGUGCGACACCUGGUGCGACGUUUCACAAUGCGAACGGGAAACAUGCGAAAACGAAUCGAAAUGCCACCUACACCAAGCACAACGAGCUCAUCACAAUCGCAUUUAACACGCAAUCGUGUGAAUUUAGCACAUAAACUGGGUUCGCCAACGCAAUCACCAUCACACACGAAUGCAUUGUUCAAAGCCGAUGAACAGCAUCCAAGCAACGAAAGCCCAUUCACAUUGAAAAUGCUAUUCAACGGUGUAAUUGAUCCACAGGGCUCACUUUAUAUCUUUUGGUUAUGCAUUGUAUCGAUGACAUUUCUCUAUAAUGCAUGGGUCAUCCCAUUGAGAUCGACAUUCCCAUUUCAAACACCAGAAAAUACAAACUAUUGGCUGGCCGCCGAUUUUUGUGCCGAUGCCAUCUAUUUGCUGGACAUUGUUUUCAUCAAGCAUCGUAUCAUGUUUUUACAUGACGGAUUUUGGGUUCAUGACCGUAAUCUCACUCGCAAAAAUUACAUGCGCAAAUUAAAAUUUAAGAUGGAUAUUCUGUCAUUGGUGCCAUUGGAUUUGCUUUAUUUCAAAUACGGCAUGCAAGCAGUUUACUUACGAGCGCCACGUUUACUCAAAAUUCAAAGCUUUUGGGAAUUAUUUCGUCUUUUGGACCGGGUUAUCGCCUCACCUUAUCUUGUGCGACUUGGAAGGACGUUGACCUACAUGUUGUAUAUGAUUCAUAUUACGGCAUGUACAUACUAUGCAUACAGCGAUUAUCAAGGUUUGGGAAGCGAUCGUUGGGUGUUCAGUGGCAAAGGACAUCCGUAUGUGCGAUGUUUUGCGUUUGCAACGAAGACAGCAACGUCCAUUGGAAAAAAUCCGAAGCCGGACAGUGAAGGUGAGCUGCUUUUUAUGACAGUUGCUUGGCUAAUGGGCGUAUUCAUUUUUGCACUGUUGAUUGGGCAAAUCCGUGAUAUUAUCGCCACGGCAACACGAUUUCAGAGUGACUAUCGUCAGUUGGUCGAUGAAACGUUGGAAUGUAUGCGACGAUUGAAUCUCCCAAAGGCAUCGAUUGAUCGUGUGAAAAAGUGGUUUAAAUUCACAUUUGAACAGCAGCGAACACUCGAUGAGAAUAUGAUUUUGGAUUAUUUGCCAUCGAAUUUAAAGACGGACAUUGCGAUUGCUGUUCACAUUCAGACCCUAUCAAAAGUACAGUUGUUUGCCGAUUGUGAAGAGGCGUUGUUGCGUGAGUUGGUGUUGAAAUUGCGUUCGGUCACCUACUUGCCGGAUGAUUAUGUGUGUCGUAAGGGUGAAAUUGGCAAGGAGAUGUACAUUGUGAAAUGGGGCCAAGUUCAAGUGAUGGGCGGACCAAAUAAUGAUGAAGUGCUGGCAACGCUGACCGAAGGUUCAGUAUUUGGUGAAAUUAGUUUGCUGGCUAUCAACGGAGUUGAAGGAAAACGUCGAACGGCUGAUGUUAAAUCGAAAGGAUUUUCCAAUUUGUUUGUGUUGUCCAAGUCGGAUUUGAAUGAUGCCCUUGCUCAAUAUCCACAAGCACAGGCGAUUCUUAAGCGACGUGCCCAUAGUGUCAUGCGGAAAAAUGCGGAACGUGAACGAAACCGUGCGAAUAUGUCGUCAUCGAAUAAUAGUAUUGAUGUUGUUAUUAAAAAUCCAGCCUCACCACGAUCACCGCCCAAAUUACUGGAAACAGUUAUCAAAGCUUUACCCGAAGAGUCGUCAGCUGUACGACUUUUGACGCAAGGAUCACGACGACACAAACCCAUACGAAAACAAUCAAUAGCAGCGAUUACUUCGCAGCAUGCCGAAAAUACAAAUAACAAGAGCAGUGAUAACAAAACGGCAGCAGAAAACAAAGCUAUCGAUAGCAAAACCAUCGGUAAUUCAAGUCAAACAACAAGUGAGCCGCAUCGAUCGGCCGAAAAAUCCAUCGAUUGUCAAAUUUUGUCGGUGGAAAAUGAAAAACUGAAGGCACCACCAUCGCCAGAUCUAUUGAGUGCAAUACAAGCCGCUCUUUCCCAUCGAAAUGGCUUCAUGAACUUGACCGAUUCCGAAAAAGCAUUCAUCGCCAAUCCAAACACUUCAACCGAUAUACGAACCGAUUUUCUUGAUCCUCUUGAUGGUCGAAUGGAACAAAACAAUUCAUAAAAGCUAAUUAACCGUGUUUUUGUCCACAAGAGGUGCAAAAUUGACCAAAAUAAAUAGUAGCUAAAAGUUAAGCGGCAAUAUGAAUCGAACAUGAAAUGAAGAAUUCGAAUGAAUUGUCUAUGAUUAAGCUGGAAAUAGCACAACACAUUCUUAAUGCAUUCAUAUUAGAUUCAAGUGAAAAACAAACAAAACAGUUUCAAAGCAAACGAGAGCUUUCUUUCCAUUUGAAUUCAUUUCAAUAAAGUGUCUUUUUAUUUACUGAAA